UCAUUCUUCAGAAAAAAGGAAGAAGGUGAAAGGAGGAUUUCCUAAAUCUCAAAACAUUCCUUGGCCUGGAAUCCCAACAACUUGUUCCUCUUCAACCUGGUCAUUGCUGACUUCCUGGCUCUGGUGAGUCUGCCACUGAGGAUCGAUGCCUUGCUCAGGGGCCACUGGGUGUUUGGAGAUGGCAUGUGCCGGAUCCUCGUAAUGUUUUCCAACUGCUCGGCCAGCAUCGCACUCAUGACUGUGGUGGCAAUUUACCACUACUUCAAGGUAGUUUACUACCAGUUCAACCUGAUCCUGACGGUGCUUAAGUUCAUCAUCCCAAUGGCCAUGCUGCUGUUUUGCCCCAUCCGUAUCUCCAGCUUCCUGAAGCAGUGCACGAUGGGAAAAGCAGACAAGGUGCGAAAGGCGAUGCAAGUGUGUGUCGUCAUCGCCCUAGUGUUCGGGGAUGAUAGCGGAUGAUAGCGAGAACACAACAUCCUCAUCAGGAGAUCAGUCGAUCACCCAGCAGGAGCUGAAAUCCCUGAGAGCAGAGAGAGGAAGUGAAGCCACAUAAUAAGCUCUUUCUUGAUUAUAAUGACCUGAUCCAGCAGCGCUGUCUGAUCCUGUCCUAAUUACCUUUUUGUAGUAUAUUGAGUUAAGUCUUUGGUUUGUGUUUGUUGGUUGAUGCUGUUAACAGUUUUCUCAACAUAUGUGAACUGUGUAAACACAGUACCAUUUCAAUGAUUAUAAUAAUAAAUAAAAAGCAAUAACUCAAACCUAGGUGGGUCAACAAAUUACA